AUGGUUCUCCGAAGCUCUCUAAGCUCAUAUGAAUACAACAAGAUAAGAGGGCUUGAAAUUGCAAAGGACAUUUGGGAUACACUCCAAUUGUCUCAUGAAGGAACGGAUGUGGUUAAGGAGGGAAAGAUGGAUGUUCUUCAAGGGGAACUUGAAUCCUUUGUCAUGAAGAAGGAUGAAAGUCUUAAAGAAAUGCAUGAUCGCUUGAAGCUUCUUGUGACCGAGAUAAGGAUGCUUGGUAGUAAGGAUUGGGAUGAGCACAAAGUAACCAAGAAAAUGCUUAGAGCAUAUGCUCCGAAGAAUCCAAUGCUUGCAACUAUGAUUAGAGACAAAAGAAAAUUUAAGCAUAUGCUACCCAUGGAGUUGUUCAACAAGUUGCAAUUCCAUGAGAUGAACAACUUGGAUGUGUCCAAGUCAAUUGAACAAAGUGAAGUCAAGGCAAUUGCUUUAAAGGCCGAACCAAGCAAGAAGAUUGAGUCAAAAGAGAAGACCUCAAAGUCAAAGAAGAAGGAACACUCAAGUGACAAUGAUAACACCGAUGAAGAGACCGCCAUGAUGGUGAAGAACUUCAAGAAGUUCAUGAAGAGAAGAGGUGACAAGAAGCCGGUUCACCAAAGAAGAUGUUAUGAGUGCGGUGAGAAAGGUCACUACAUCGCCGAUUGUCCUCACAAGAAAAAUGACAAGGAGGACAAUAAGUCAAAAGACAAGUAUCAUGAUAAAAAGAAGAAGUACAAGGAGAAGAGCAAGGAAUACAAGAAGAAACAUGGCAAUGCUCAUGUUGGUGAAGGUUGGGAGUCAAGUGAUGACUCCGACAAAGAAGAAGUAGCAACUGUUGCUAUAGAAGCCCCUACACCAACUCAAAGACUCUUCAACAGCUACUCCGAAAGCGAUGAUGAAUUUUCCAUUUGCCUUAUGGCUCAAGGGACCAAGGUAUUAAAUGCUUCCACUCCUCCAUCAUCUACUCCCUCAAUAUCUAGUGACAUAGAAAAUAACCUAGAUGAAGAGGAGGCCGAACUAGAAAGAAACAUGAUAAAUAAGUUUGGCAAAAAAAGAUAUAAACAAAUUAAAAAACUAAUAGAGAAAUUGGAAAAGAGACAAGAGACUCUCGAGAGGCAAGAAGACUUGCUUAUCCUUGAAAAGGAAAGAAAUCUUGCCCUUAAGAAAACUCUAGUUGAGGAAAAGGUGAAGGUUGAUAAAUUGACACUUGACUUAUCAAGUGCCAAUGACUCACUUAAGAGGAUGUCUAAGGAAUCAUCUUUAAUUAAUGACUCUUUUGUUAAUCUAAAGAAUGCAUAUAGUGAGCUUCAAGAAAGGCAUUCAAGCCUUGAGGUCAAACAUAAAGAUCUUGAAGUUAACUUUGACACUCUUUUAAAAAAUGCCAAAACCAACUCCAAAAUAACUCAUGAUUCAAAUGUCUCCACUAGUGAAGGUUGCUCAAGAUGUUAUUCAAUUGAUAUCAAAUCUUGUAUAACUAACCUUGUUAAGCUACAAGAAAAAGUCAAAGCGAAAGAUGCUCAAAUUAGGGAUUUGAACAAGUUGGUUGACAUGAGUAAAGCCAAAGGUAAGAGUGUAUUCGAGUCACAUCCGGCAUAUAAGGUCGAGAGAUAUCCUAGUAUUAAAGAUGGACUCGGAUUCACACGGUCAAAUGGCACAAGAAAAGUAAAUGGAUAUGAGGUGCCCUUGUUCAAGAGAGGCACCAAUCUUGGAGAGUUGAUGAACAUUGCUCAUGGUGCGUCAAGGGUGAACAACAUUAAAGCAAAGCCCUUGGUUAAGAUUCUUAGCAAGGUUGCCAAGGACUCAACCAAUCUCAUGGAAAAAGAGAAGAUCAUUGAGCGCAAACCAUCUUCCAACUACACAAUUGAUUAUACGGUCAUGUGGGAUCAAAAUGGGAAGAUGGUGGUCAAGUAUGUUGGCGCUCAUACCAAGAAAAUGAUGAGAAGUGUUUGGGCAUAUUCCUCCGGUGGUUCUACACGGUUGGUAGAUAGUGGUUGUUCAAAUCAUAUGACUGGAGAGAAGAAAAUUUUUACUAAUCUUGAAGAAUAUGACUCGCCUAUUGAGAGAAUCAUGUUUGGUGACAAUAAUUAUGGUGAUGUUGUUGGUCAAGAGUUGAACCAUCAAGUUCUUCUCAAGAUCAAGAUCAAGCUCAUGGUGACGAUCAUGAUCGUGGCAAUGAUCAAGGGGGAGCUAGUGGCGAAGAUGCUCAAGUUGAUGGUUCUCAUUAUGAGAGCGUUGAUGAUGAGCCUAUUCAACGCCAAUCAAUAUUCCCUCACCCAAGAGUUCAUGAAAGCAUUCAACGGGAUCAUCCCGUUGAUAAUAUCCUUGGGAGUAGAAGAUGCUCUUGGUGAUGCGGAUUGGGUCAUUGCAAUGCAAGAAGAGCUGAAUAACUUUACAAGAAAUGAAGUUUGGGAGUAG